CCGUCUCCAUCUCUAAGCUACAAGGAGAGUGACCGACCUUGAUAACGCAUCAAAAGAGUGAAGUGCCCAAAGAAGAGCCACACACCAUACACGCCAUUGCGUUCCGGGGGCUUCUUUCUUCGCUAUCCUUCAAUGGCGACGCUAUCAGCAUCGUCUUCGUCGAUGCCCUUGUCCGUACUCUACUCCGCUCGAGGCUCCUCAAGUAAGCCAAAACCGCCGCGCGUUGUGGCCAGCUUCGGCGAGGUGGUCGGCAAGGACAUGGAGUUCCUCAAGAAGCGAAUUGGCAGAGGUGUUCAGUGGGCCAACGGAGCUCUUCGCAUUCCUCAGCUUUCCAAAUCCCUAGACCGUCUUCUCUGGCUACGAAUGACCGAAGAUCCUCUUGCCGCUUCCUUGCCUCCUCCUUCUUGGCCCCAACCUUCUUAUCCAGGACUGUCUGGUGUUGACUUGUUCAUGGCUGAUCUCAAAGCCUUGGAGACAUACGCUAGUUAUUUCUAUCAUCUGUCUAAGCUAUGGUCUAAGCCACUUCCUGAAGUCUAUGAUCCACAAGAAGUUGCUGACUACUUCAAUCGCAGGCCUCACAUAGUGGCCCUUCGGCUUCUUGAGGUGUUUUCCUCCUUUGCUUUUGCUGCGAUCAGAAUUCGAACCUCUGGGAUUACAAUGUUCUACAGAUCAAAUAUGGAUAGGGAUAUCAAUGGCAACAUUUCUCCAUACAAUUUUGGAAUGGUGCUAAAAGAAACUAUGCUUAACCUUGGUCCCACUUUUAUCAAAGUUGGUCAGUCCAUAUCCACAAGACCAGACAUCAUUGGUCCAGAAAUUUCCAAGGCGUUGUCUGGGCUGCAUGAUCAAAUCCCUCCUUUUCCCAGGGAUGUGGCUAUGAAGAUCAUUGAAGAAGAGUUAGGUUCUCCUGUAGAAGCAUUCUUUCGCUACAUCUCUGAGGAACCUGUGGCCGCAGCGUCAUUUGGUCAGGUCUACCGGGGGAUUACUCUUGAUGGUUCUAAUGUUGCUGUGAAAGUUCAACGUCCCAAUUUGCAUCAUGUGGUAGUGCGGGAUAUACAUAUUCUUCGCAUUGGGCUGGGGCUAGUGCAAAAGAUUGCAAAGAGAAAAAGUGAUCCUCGUCUUUAUGCCGAUGAACUUGGGAAGGGCUUGUCCGGAGAGUUGGAUUACACUUUAGAGGCUGCGAAUGCCUCUGAGUUCCUGGAAACUCAUUCCUCCUUUUCAUUUAUUCGUGUUCCAAAAGUUCUUCAACAUCUAAGUCGAAAGAGAGUGCUAACUAUGGAGUGGAUGGUGGGUGAGAAUCCAAGUGAUUUAAUUUCUGCAUCUGCUGGAAACUCAGUUGCUCAUGUCUCUGGAUAUUCAGAGAGGCAGCAAACUGAUGCCAAACGACGGCUUCUUGAUUUGGUGAACAAAGGAGUGGAGGCAUCCCUAGUUCAACUCCUUGAUACAGGCUUAUUGCAUGCUGAUCCGCAUCCUGGAAAUUUGCGUUACAUGCCUUCAGGGCAAAUCGGGUUUUUGGAUUUUGGUUUGCUUUGUCGGAUGGAAAAGAAGCAUCAAUUUGCCAUGCUUGCAUCCAUAGUGCAUAUUGUAAAUGGGGAUUGGCCGUCCCUUGUUCAUGCGCUGACCGAAAUGGACGUUAUAAGAGCUGGAACCAAUAUUCAGCGUGUUACCAUGGAUCUGGAGGAUGCCUUGGGAGAGGUAGAAUUUAAAGAUGGAAUUCCUGAUGUCAAGUUCAGUAAGGUACUGGGUAAAAUCUGGUCCAUAGCCCUUAAAUAUCAUUUUCGGAUGCCACCAUAUUAUACUCUAGUCCUGCGUUCUCUUGCUUCCUUGGAAGGAUUGGCAAUAGCUGCAGACAAAAAUUUUAAGACAUUUGAAGCUGCAUAUCCUUAUGUUGUUCAGAAGCUUCUCACUGAUAAUUCACCUGCCACAAGGAGAAUUUUACAUUCGGUGGUUCUAAACAGAAGGAAAGAAUUCCAGUGGCAGAAGCUUUCUCUCUUCUUAAGAGUGGGUGCAACUAGGAAAGGCUUGCAACAGCUGGUAGCACCCAAUGGUGAAGCUCCACUCAAUUAUUCACCGGGUGGGGUCAAUGGUACAGUUGAUGUUGCAAACUUGGUCUUGAGGCUUUUACCAUCCAAGGAUGGUGUUGUGCUGAGAAGACUCUUAAUGACUGCAGAUGGGGCUUCGUUGAUCCGAAUGAUGAUUUCCAAGGAGGCAAUUUUCUUCCGCCAACAACUUUGCAAAGCUAUUGCUGAUGUACUAUACCAACGGAUGCUUGAAGUUAUUGGACAAGGCAUUGCCAUAACACAACAUAGUUCCCAAUGGAGAUUGAGAAGUGGACCCAACAACAGAGAUCUAAGUUCACUCUCCAGAUCAUCUGCACUUACUUAUGAUUAUCAGUCUGUCCUCAGAGAUCGACGGCUCAAAGUGAUUUUCUUCAAGAUAAUCGACUCAGUAAGGAGAGACCCUGUGUUGACCCUGAGGUUCUGCUGGGCUUCUUUUAUCAUGUUCAUGACAGCUUCUGCUUUGGCAUGCCAUCGGAUUUUAGUCUCACUGUCUGAAAUCUACUUGGGCCCAGUAUCACUUCCUUCCAAGCGAGUUGCAGUUAAUGCUUGAUGUUUUAUCGACACCCUCCCAAUAAUCCCUUGUUUUAGAGCUAACCUUGGAAGAGAAGACUGACAUGAGAAAUGACAAUCCAGAGUUCAGUUGGAUUAUUAGGUCUCAUGGCUGGUAAUAUCCACCUUGGUACUUCCAUGAUGGCCCGGAUCCAAGGUCACUGUUGAUCCUUUGCUUGUCUACAUCCUUUCAAGGCUGCAAAAUUUAGGCCAUGUUAACUGUGAUAUUGCGAAUUGUGAGGGAUAACCAUAAAAAAGACAUAAAUAUUGAGAUCUGUACAAAGUUACGGUUAUAGAAAUAGCUGUUGUUAUACUCCAAUACGUCAUGUUAGUAAUAUAUUUGUCCAGUUGUUUAUGACUGGAUUCCUUUGUGUUGAUCA